CGCGGAGCCCCCGCGCACAUGCGUACUGGAGGCAACAGGAGGCGGGGCGCAUCGCGCAGCAUUUUGGGAGUUGUAGUUGUUUUACAAGCGUCCGAACAGCCCGAGUAGAUGUUUGUGCAGGGGGCGGGGAGCCGCCCAAGGUGACUUGAUUGACAGCUGACCGGCCGUCCGGACGAAUAGAAAGUCUUAAUGUUUCUGGGCGGAGACUCAUGAGGAGACGGGGCGGGAUUUCGGGAGGGAGGGGCGGAGCCUCUGGCUCUGGGCGCGCGCGGUUGAAAGACUUUCGGCAGCUGUUGGGUCCCGCCGCUCCGGUCCCGCUUUCCCCAUGGCUGAUGCCAAGGCGUUUCAGGUUUGCCCGCCGCCUCCGCCGCCUCCCUCCUCUCCCUCCUCGGACGCGUCUUCAGCAUCCUUCUCAGGCGUGAGUUUGGGGCGGCGGGCCCCGAGUCCGAGCGACGGUGGAGCGGCCGACCCCCUGGAGGAAGUGGAGCUGCGGAUCGGAGACGCAGCGUUUUCAUUAACCAAACUUCUAGAGGCUACAUCUGCAGUAUCGGCUCAAGUGGAAGAGAUUGCCCUUAAAUGUACAGAAAAUGCUCGCUUCCUUAAGACAUGGAGAGACCUCUUGAAAGAAGGCUAUGAUUCUUUGAAACCUGACAACUGAUUAUGACUGUAUAAUUCACUUUCUCAUCGAUUUGCACAUGUACCAUAUAUGUAGAGGACAAUCUCCAGCGUUUCUGUGUACUCAGAAUGAAAUUUUGCUUGGUUUUCUAGACCUUUGUGAAAGUAUAAUAUUGAUGUGAUUUUUUUAUGAUGACAAAUACUUGUUUAUCCUUAAAUACUUUCUAUUCUUUAAACAGCUUCAAAUUCCUCUACGAAAGUUAUUUCUCUCAGUAGAAAGUUUGAACCAGUGACACAGGAUGACCAGAUAAUUUUGAAAGCCGCGGAGAAUGCCAGAAAAGUGGAGCUGAGUUUCAUGUUACAACCCAAGUGACAUGACUGAAUUUGCCGGGGAGGACCAGCUCCUUCAGCUAAGGCCUCUCAAAGCAGAGAUAUGUUUUAUGACUUCCACACCCACAGCAUCUGGAACUGACACUCCCCAAUUUUUUGUUGAGUAAAACACUUGGCAAUUAUAAUUAAAACCUAUUGUUUCUCCAUAUUUUUUAGCAUGAAGACUAGGAGUAUUUUCCUAAAAAAAAAAGUAUGAAUUUGAACUUCAUUUAUGUAAAGGGAAAA